AUCGUUUCUGUCCUUUUGCAGCACUACGAAGGUCUGGCUAAUCGGGCUGCACAGAAUGGCCAUGUGGUGGAUAUCUUCAGCAGCCAUCUUGACCAGACCGGUUUGCAUGAGAUGCGCUACUUAGUCAAUUACACUGGUGGCAGCAUGACCAUGUGCGACUCCUUUGCAUCCAACCUCUUCAUCCAGAGCUUCCAAAUUUUCCUUCGUAAGGAUGCUCAGGGACACUUCAAAAUGGGUUUCAAUGGGCAAUUGGAGGUCAAGACAUCUCGUGAACUCAAGGUGUCUGGUUGCAUAGGCAGCUGCUUCUCCGCCAACGUGAAGACUCCCAGCACCGGGGAGAGCGAGGUGGGUAUUGGGCACACCUCAAUAUGGCGUUUGAACGGUCUCACACCUUCUUCCACCUUGGGCAUCUUCUUUGAAGUUACACAGCCUCAUGGACAAGCAGCAGCAAUGGCCAGUAGUGGAGGUCGAGCGUAUGUGCAGCUAGUGACGCAGUACCAACACGCAUCGGGCCAGCGUCGCAUUCGAGUGACCACAGCGUGUCGACAGUUUAUUGAUGCUACAAGUCAGCACGCCUACUUAGUGGCGGGUUUUGAUCAGGAGGCCGCGGCAGUGCUCAUUACUCGGAUGGCCAUGUUCAAGGCUGAGACCGCGGAUGGGCGAGACGCGUUGAGGUGGCUGGAUCGUCAGUUGAUCAAGCUGUGCCGUAAAUUCGGCGAAUACCACAAGGACGAUGCCGCCUCCUUCCGCCUGCCUGACGAGUUCUCCUUCUACCCCCAAUUUAUGUUCCAUCUUCGACGCUCCUCUUUCAUUCAGGUCUUCAACAACAGUCCCGAUGAGACUGCCUAUUAUCGCCAUGUGCUGAAUACGGAAGAUUGCUCGAACGCCCUUCUAAUGAUCCAGCCUUCACUGAUCGCCUUUAGGCUGGACGGCACGGACGAGGCGGUGCUGCUGGACUCCACCAGCAUCCAGCCAGAUACCGUCCUUCUUAUGGAUUCUUUCUUCCACAUCCUCAUCUACGUAGGAGAAAAUAUUGCAAAGUGGCGAAAGGCUGGCUAUCUCGUCCGUCUGCUCUCUUCCCUAUGCUUCUACGCUCUCUUUUUAAUCAGUUUUGGACUAGACUUGCGCAUAGCUAUGCGUGAAAUUCUGAAUGGAUAUAAGGUUUUGUACUCGAAAACUCGCCAUUCGGCCAACGCUCUGUUGGUGUGCAUAUUGAGUUAA